GCCGGAAGGCGGCGGGCGCUGCACAACGCGGAAGUGCCGGUCGGGCCGGGGCGAUGGCGGCGCCCGGCGGCCGCGGGGGCCCGGGCUGGGGGGUCCCGGUCCCGCCCAGGGGCGUCCCGGCCCCGGCCCUCUGAGGGGUCCCGCUCACGGCCCUCGCACGGGUCUCCGCCCCGACCCUCUGAGGGGCGGCCGCCGCGUCUGCCGCGGGCCCCGGGCUGGGCUCGGGCCCGGCGGGGCGGGGGGCCAUGGCCACCCGGCGUCUCACGGACGCGUUCUUGUUGUUGCGGAACAACGCGGUGCAGAGCCGGCAGCUGCUGGCCGAGCAAGUGAGUAGUUUCGGCUCCUCCAGCCCUCUGAAUUCACGUAGCAUGGCUGCUGCGGAGCUGGAUGAGCUGGCUGAUGAUCGCAUGGCCCUGGUGUCGGGGAUAAGCCUGGAUCCCGAGGCAGCCAUCGGAGUGACCAAGCGGUUGCCUCCCAAAUGGGUUGAUGGGGCAGACGAAAUUCAGUAUGAUAUUGCCAGGGUUAAACAGAAGAUGAAAGAAUUAGCCAGUCUUCAUGAUAAACAUCUGAACAGACCCACACUGGAUGACAGCAGUGAAGAGGAACGGGCAAUAGAAAUAACAACACAGGAGAUCACACAGUUAUUCCACAGAUGUCAGAGAGCAGUCCAGGUGUUGCAGAGCAGGUCACGUACUUGUACAGAACAAGAAGCACGUGUUCUCAGGAAUGUAGUGUCUUCCUUAGCACAGUCCCUUCAGGAUCUCUCCACCAACUUUAGGCAUGCACAGUCUGACUAUCUCAAACGUAUGAAGAAUAGAGAAGAAAGGUCCAAACACUUUUUUGACACCUCAGUCCCGCUGAUGGAUGAUGGAGAGGAUGAUACCCUUUAUGACAGAGGUUUUACAGAUGACCAGCUGGCAUUGGUGGAGCAAAACACACUGAUGGUGGAAGAGAGGGAACGAGAAAUCCGUCAGAUUGUGCAGUCAAUCUCCGAUCUCAAUGAAAUAUUUAGGGACCUGGGAGCAAUGAUAGUAGAACAGGGAACAGUUCUAGAUAGAAUUGACUAUAAUAUUGAACAGUCAUGUAUGAAAACUGAAGAGGGCCUAAAACAACUGCAUAAGGCAGAGCAAUAUCAAAAGAAGAAUCGGAAGAUGCUCGUUAUUUUAAUUUUGUUUGUUAUAGUAAUUGUCCUUAUUGUUGUUCUUAUUGGUGUAAAGUUACACUAGGUUUCGCUUCAUUUUCUCAUUUUUGGAGUUUCUGUGAACUUUUUUCCCAAUGUGAAUGGAUGGACCUGCACUCCAGAAAGCUGCCUUUGAAUGUACGAGCCCUUGUGGUGCAACGUCUGUGCAAUGUUUCCGUAGAAUUCUUCAAAGUACAAGUUUGGUGAUCUGUGAGGUGUUUGUAAGGAUUAUAUGGAAAAUGUCAGGAAAUUUGAUGCUCCCACACAAAAAAAAAUUUGGCGUUCUAUGCAGAGUUAUUUUGAAACACAGUAUUUAAGAAUAAUUAAAAAUUGAAGUUUACCAGUGACUACAGUAAUUAGUGUGUUACUGUUAACAAAAUGUGUUGUCUUCUAUAUUCUUAUGUCAUAAUUGUUAUAGGCUUCAAAUUUAAACCAUGUUACUGAGUCAAUGCGACUGGAUAUCAAAAAUUGAUCUUGAUGUAAAAUUUGUUGAGAUGCAAAAUUGUUUGAUUGAAUGCCCUUUCUUCCAGACUCAAAAAGUCCAAAGAACUGGAUAGACAGCUAAAAAGGAAAGCUUUUAGCAACCAGAACGUAAUCCAACCCCUGUGAUCUUAAUUUAGAUACUGCACCAUUACUAAGAAUCAGAGGUACUUGAUCUUGUAAAUAACAAGAUGUAAUCACUGGCAUAAUUUAACACAUUUAGUUAAUUAAAAAAAAUUCUGAGCUUGAGUAAUCAUGGGAAUAAUUUUCCUUCAUUGGGAUGAUCAUAUAUUUUUCUCAGGCAUUAUUUUUUUAGUUUAAAGUACAGACAUUACAUUAAAGCAGUGAAGUUAACCUGAAAAAAAAUGGAGUAGAAACUCAAAAAGAGAAUCUCUCUGUCCUGCUGCAGUGGGUCUUGGAUGUUUCAAACUGUGGCUGCUGUAAAAGUUGUUUAUUUUACAAUGCAUUUGUCCAUAUGGGUUAUGUUUUUUGUAUAAGAAGGCUUCACUACAGUAAAUAUUAUAUCCAUUUUCCCUGACAGAAAAUUCUCUUUCAAAUGUCAGCCUGGGGAGAGGACGUGUUCGUGGUCUUUCACUGACCAUGAGAGAUGUCAUGCAAGUGACAUUUUACAAGGCCUUCAGUGGAGAAUUUGGGGUUUUCAUUGCUCUUUUCAGUGGAAAACUUUGCUGCAGGCUGUACAACAGAAAUUAAGGCAACAUAAAAGUAAUAGAAUACUUUUAAUUUAAUUCAGGCCUGAAGUGGUGUGCAAUUGUAGAGGCCUUGUCUUAAUGUUUUUAAUACUGAUUUUUUUAUAUGUUUGGGGUUUUUUUUCCCAAAGGGACUGUAACUUCCUUCAUUUUUUGACUGAUACAAGUGCUCCCCAUAGACCUGCAGAGAUGUUCUGCUCCAAGCUCCAGAAGUGCAGUUUCAAAACACUAUGAUAUUGAAGUUGCAUCUGUCGCCUGCCCCGAAUUUCUUGACUCUGUGCUAAAGAGGACUUGAGAUGUGGCUUUAAACUGACCAUUUUCAGGGAUGGACCUGAAAGCAAAGACUGCAAAAACAUGAAAGCCUUGGCUUUUUGUGGGGCUUAUGAAAAGCUUUGUACCACUCUUGUUACCUCUAGAGAAAGGGGAUGUUGAACCACCAAAACUGCCAGUUCAAACUCUUCAUUGAAUUCAUGGAGUAAAUUGGUGAAAGGAAGAAUGAGGCUUGUGUUGUGUGUGCAGCUCCCCUGUUCUGGUGAUAGAUCUUUCAAUGAUCGUGAGUAAAACUACUGUCUCCCUCGUGCUGUCUGCAUCACUGGGUGUGAAGCAGCAAAUUGCUAUAAUUUAAUAUACUGUACUUGCAACUUUCUCUUUAACAUGAGAUCGUGUUAUUUAUUUCUGUCUUGACAGGUGCUUUUGACAUUUUAUCAUGGCAGAUGGUUUCAAAGAAGUAAUAAAACACAUCCAACCUAA